AUGGAUGAAGAGCACGUGAAUUUUGCUAGAAGAGAUGAACUGAGCAGAGCUCAUUGUGAGGAGAAAGAGGAACUAGAUGGACCCCUGAACUUUGAGCUCGAUAUUUGCCAACAGGAUCCAGAAUACAAGACCCUGGCUCCCCUGCCCAGUACCCAGGUUAGACUGAUCACCAGCUGGGAAGCAGGAUGGAAUGUAACAAAUGCCAUUCAGGCUGCCGAGCUUCCUCUGGAUGGCCUCCUUUCCCCGCAGCAUGUCAAUUGCACCACACAGCUCGGUGUCAUUGGUAAACUUGCUAAGGGUGCACUUGAUCCCAUCAGCCCUGUCACCAACAAAGAUGUUGAACCAGUCCCAGUACCGAUCUCUGAGGGAAUAUUUGUCCUCGGAUUGCCAUACGCUCUUCUGCACAGUGGAUACAUUGGUCUGUUUCUUAUUAUCUUGGCUGCAGCAUUAUGCUGUUACACAGGCAAAAUUCUGAUUGCUUGCCUAUAUGAAGAAAAUGAAGAUGGGCAGCUCGUAAGAGUGAGACACACGUAUGAAGAUAUUGCGAAUGCCUGCUUCAAAAAGCUGUCUCCCAAACUAGGUGGCAUAGUUGUCAACGUGACCCAAGUGAUGGAACUGAUCAUGACAUGUAUUUUGUAUCUGGUUGUUAGUGGGAACUUGCUGUCACAUAGUUUCCCAUAUGUACCAGGGCUUGAGAAAACUUGGUCUGUAAUUGUGUUUGUUACACUGCUGCCUUGUGUAUUUAUUAAGACUCUCAAAAUUGUUUCCAAACUCAGCCAGCUUUGCUUCUUGGUCCAUUUCAUUAUCAACCUUGUUGUGAUGACUUACUGUCUUACACAAAUGCAUCAGUGGUCCUGGGCAAAAUUCAGACUCUCCAUGGACUUUGAGGACUUUUUAGUCUCUGUAGGGGUGAUCAUUUUCAGUUACACUUCACAAAUAUUUCUUCCCACACUUGAAAGUAACAUGAAAAACCCAGGGGAAUUUAGAUGUAUGCUGAAUUGGACUCACUUUUUUGCUUGUGUCUUGAAAACAGCUUUUGCAUUGACUGCAUUCUUGACCUGGGGUGAAGAGACAAAGGAAGUUAUUACUGACAACCUGCCAUCAUUUCUUCAAACCCUAGUGAAUUUGUGCCUCUUAACCAAGGCCCUUCUUUCUUACCCUUUGCCCUUUUUUGCAGCCACAGAAAUUGUUUAUGCUUGUCUUUCUAGAGUCAACCAUUCCAAUUACAGAUCUCUGCUGUUUGCUCUGGGUGUAAAAGGCUCGUUUCUCCUAUUAACUCUGCUGAUGGCUGUGUUCAUACCACAUUUUGCCCUGCUGAUGGGUUUAACAGGCAGUGUAACAGGUGCUGCUAUGUCUUUUCUCCUUCCUUCUCUCUUCCAUUUAAAACUUCAAUGGAAAAAACUGUGCUUCUUGGAGAAAUGUGCAGAUAUCUCUAUUUUUAUUUUGGGUUUGCUUUGUAGCCUUGCAGGCAUAGCUUGCUCAAUAAAAGGGCUGCUUAAAGUAUUUGGAGACACGUAA